GAGCACAUCCACGUGCAUCUACCUGCCUGGUGGAUGCCAGGCGUCCUCGGUGCGAAGGAGCAGCAAGAGGGCGGCUUUCGCCGCGAAGUGCGCCGGCGUCAACCCGACGCCGACCAGGCGAAGAAAGAGCAAGGUUUGAAGGAGGUCAAGGCGCUCAAGCACGGCGAGAAGACCAUGCUCGGACUGAUGUCGAGGCAAACGCUGAGGAGCGCUCAACAACUACGCGAGCUUCAAGCCGUCAUUUACGACGUUCGGCUUCUGGCGGAGACUUGCUCCAUCGUGCUGGCAACGCAGGAACAGACGAGCAACUACGCCGACCACGUGAAAGGCAAGAAAGACCACGACCUCGGGCCACCUCACAUCUACUCACUCGGUGGAGCUCUGAAGACCUACGCCGACGUCAAGCCAGGAACGCCAGGAUUUUCGAUGCCCGAGCCGUUGCACAAGGAGCUGAACACGGCGUUCGCGGAGUACGACAAGUGGCCGAUGGAGCAGAAGUGCGACCUGGUGCUGCAUUGUCGAGUGGAGAAAGUCUUCCAACGGGGCAUGAGGAAGGUGACUGUCGCGUUUCGCGACCCGCAGUUCCGCAUCAUGAUGAACAAAGCCUUCGAGUGCGCGGAGGGCGCGGAGAAGAAAGUUGGCAAGGCACCUCCGACCUUCCUCGAGCGGGAUUUGCAGGAGUGGCUCGAGGGCAUGGAGAGCUAG